CUGUGCAUGAAUCCAAUAAAAGCACAGGCAAUUGAUUGGGAAAGCUGUUUCAGAAAGUUACGAAGUGAGCAACGGUGAGCUGCGGGCUAGAAUAUCAUGGAAAAGGAAGGUCACCUGGAGCUGUCUUCACUUUCGAGACAGCUGUCUGAUAUUUUCGCUGAAGACUCAGACAAUGAAAAAGACAGAACUUUUCAUGGAUUUUGCGACGAUGAAAUUAGUGAUCUCGACAAUGAUAAGUGCUUGGACAGUGACGACUGCUCCGAGGACUCCCCUCCAAAACAAUCACCACCGCCAAGCCAGCGUUUCACGCUGAGAGUGGCCCUUCGCCCUCGAACCCGCGCCAACCAACGGGAGGAGACCAAACCGAGAGAUGCUAAAAAGGAGAAGGAAUCAGAAGGAGGAAAUGACAUUCCUCUUAUCCAACCGACACUGCCAUCCAACUCUGACUCUGAGAAUGACUUCCCCCAAUCGUUUCUGGAGAAGAGGGCAUUGAACAUCAAAUCCAACAAAGCCAUGUUGGCCCAGCUAAUGGCCGACCUGCAGAAGAUGCCUGAUUCGCUACUGAAGACUCCGGGAGGCCGGCAGAAGCGUCCGAAUGCUCGCGCUCCUCGGACCUCCCUGGCCCCCAGUGAGAGCCGGCGGAACCCUGAGAGGACCUCACGAAGGCACACCCGCUCCAUGGGGGGGUGUGUGGACCCCAUUAAAGACGAGGAGCUGGAGAUGAGCCUGGAGGAGGAACUGCUGGAGGUGCGGCGGGCCCCCCGUCGCCGUGGCAGCCCGCGGCCCAAUCCGAGCAGGCCCCACGUGGUGCGGCCCGUGGAGGACGUGACCCAGGAGGAGCUGGAGCUGGUGGCCGACAGCCUGGUUGGCAAAGUGUACAACAGCGCCACUGGCUCCACGUGCCACCAGUGCCGACAGAAAACCGUGGAUACGAAGACCUGUUGCCGUGACGAGGGUUGCCGAGGGAUCCAGGGCCAGUUCUGCGGGCCGUGCCUGAGGAACCGCUACGGAGAGGACGUCCGGACCGCCCUGCUCGACCCCGCCUGGCGCUGCCCGCCCUGCCGCGGGAUCUGCAACUGCAGCUUCUGCCGCCAGCGGGACGGGCGCUGCCCGACGGGGAUCCUGUUCCCGCUGGCGCAGUACCACGGCUUCUCCGACGUCCACUCCUACCUCAGCAGUCUUCGUCAAAAACUGAAAACUGAAGAUGAGGACGAGUAACUGAAGCUGAAGAGUUAUGGAGAACCUGCACCUCCCCUUUCUGACCAGCUGGUGGCACUGUUCUUUUUUAUUUAUUUUUUUUAAAUACCUGC